GGAUACUGCCUAUUUCUGAGUCGCAGCAGAAUGUGCGGACGGGCGCGCUGCUCGCUAGGCCGAGCUGAUAUCAUGGCAGCAGCACGAAUAGAGGGGCAAGGUCGCUGGCAGAAUGCGGAUAGAUAUCAGCCAUCAUACAACGCAAGCCCGGGCGCCUGGAUACCAUGCGUUCGGCUUGGGCGGGACGGACUCCGCGAGGUCGUGAGCAUGCGGUGGGGCCUGGUUCCCAGCUUCGCGCGUCUGGCGCCCGGCGAGCGGCCCGACUUCUAUCGCAUGUUCAACGCGCGCGAUGACGGCCUGGUCAGCAAGCCCGUCUUCAGCAGGUUGCUGCCCUUCCGCAGGUGUGUGGUGCUUCUGGACGGCUUCUAUGAGUGGCACACGGAGGCUCCGGGCCGCAAGCAGCCGUACCACCUGUCCGCCGCCCCGCCCGACAGCCCCGGGGGAGCCAUGUUCCUGGCAGGGCUGUACGACGUGUACGAGGACGGCGGCGGUGGCGAGCCCAUGCCCACGUGCACCAUCAUCACCACCGACAGCAGCAAGCCCAUCUCGUGGCUGCACGACCGCAUGCCGGUCAUCCUCACCACCCAGGAGGAGGUGGCGGCUUGGCUCGGUGACGGCGAGUUGCCCGUCCCAACCCACACCAGCACCGCACCCGCGGACUGCCUUGGCGCCGGCACCAGCAGCACGGCGCACCUGGCGGGGCAUGGAAGGAAGGAGGGGAAGGAGGAGGGAAAGGAGGAGGGAUGGGAGGACGAGGCGGCGGUGAAGUUGGAGGCGGAGGCGAGUGGCCUGGGGCAGGGCGCGGGCGAGGGCAUUGCUCACAGUGCGACCGAGACCGAUGCGGCCGCGGCCGAGCGGCCGGCCAAGCGCGCCAAGCGGAUGGACGCAUCAGAUGGCGCCGGCGGCGAUGAUGGCGUCGGUGACCGGGGUGGCAACGACGGCGGGGAGACACGGGAGGCGAGGGAGGGGAAGGGGGAGCGGGGGAAGGGGUGCGAGGGGUGCGGGGAUGCGGAGGCCGCUGCAGCAUGCGGAGAGGAGGGCGACGGUGGAGGAGGCGGGAGUCAGAAGCAGCAGGGCAGUCAGAAGGGGCAGCAGGGAGGGCACGAAGACGACGCCACGUAUCAGCGGCGGCUCACGGCGGCGAAAACCAAGGCGGCGGGGCUGGUGGCGCAGCUGUGUCGGCCGUACGGAGGGCCCCUGCUGCGCUGGCACCCAGUCACCCCCGAGAUGUCCAAGCCCGGGUACGACAAACCCGACGCUGCAAAGGACAUGCGCAGUCGCAAGGGAGCCAUCGGCUCAUUCUUCAAACCCCAGCAGCACCAGCAGCAGCACCAGCAGCAGCACCAGCAGCAGCACCAGCAGCAACCCAGGCAGCCACAAGCCGCACCCCCAGCCGCCGGUGUCGCGGCUGCGCCCGCCGACACCAGGGCCGCACCCGCCUCCGCACCCGCCCCAGCCGCAACCGCUGCGGGUGUGAAGCAGGAGCCGGCAGAGGCGCACGCGGCAGCGGAAGAGGAGCAGGGCGAAGCCGGCGGGGCGGCGCCGGAGCACACAGCAGCAACGGCAACCGCGGCGGAGGCAAGGCCUGACGGGGUGCAGCCAGAGCGGGAGGAGCCACAGCGCGCCGCGUGGGCACUUGGGGAGGCAGAGUCAUCCGACGUGGUCGUCGUCUCCGACGAUGAGGGGCACGGGGGUGGGAAUGGGAAUGGCGAGGGGAAUGGCGGCAGGGUAGGUGGGGCACGGGCGCGGGCAAGCAACAGUGGCGCGGGCACGGGCGGCGGCAGCGGGGCCGGGCGCGGAAAGGCAGCGGCGGCAGCGUCGCCACGUGUGGCAGGGAAGGGCGCAGGGGCAGGUGGAGGGAAGAGAGCGUCUGCGGCGACGGGCGGCGGCAAGGGCGCAGGAGGAGGCGGGAGCGGUAAGAAGGGCGGCGUUGCCUCGCGGUCGCCGGGUCAGAGGGGCAACCUGCUGAGCUGCUGGGGCAUGAAAUCGAAAUAAAUGAUGCAUCAUGUUUGACGCCCAGUGCCACUUGAAUGGGUUUACCGUACUUGUGGCCGCACUACAGUAUUGACGGACAGUUAGGGAGCAGUUGAGGUUGUUGGGGGGUGUACGGUACACUUGGAACGGCCGGAGUGGCCAGUGCCCUGUGCCCGUGCCUAUACCCAGCGGUGCGGCGUACAUUUGCGUAGCAGAGGCGGCAGGCAAGGCCACGUGGAGGAGAGCGCGGCGCCACCCGAGAUCGGCGCCGGCGCGCAGGUUAUAUCCUGCCGAUGUCUGGUUUGCAAUCUUUGCUGGCGGGCAUAGCGUGGCACAGAUUUACUGCUGUUUUUGUUGCCUGUUGCUGGCUGUGUGUUGCUUGACAACGGGACACGGCUGACACAUGGCGCGCGGUGCCCGUACGAACCGAACCCGGCUAUGUCCGAGAGGUGAAGUAGUGUCGUAACCUUCGGCCUCAAGACAUUAUACCAACGUGGCGUGGCGGCACAGAACACUUUUCCGUUUGAGAGGGACUGAGGGGGAGCCAUCUUUCUUGUUUUAAGCGCAAGCCAU